CCAAGACCAGCUUAAACAACAUAGUGAGAUUCCCAUCUCUAUGAAAACAGGAAAAUCAGCUGGAUGUUGUCAUGUAUGCCUAUAGUCUCAGCUCCUUAGGAGGCUGAAGCAGGAGGAUUGCUUGAGCCCAGGAGUUCAAGACUGUAUAUAGUGAGCUACGAUUGCACCACUACAUUCCAGGCACUACUGAGCAACUGUGGCACUACUUCUAGAAUGUCCCCAAUCUAGGCAACUCUUCCCUUUAAAGAGAAACAGCAGCUAGGUGUGGGCCUUUCCAAGCCAUAGGCCUCUACCAGCCUUGGUGGACUUCGCUCUGAGGAAUGUUGCAUCACCACCACCACCACUUCUCUGGGUUUCCCCAGACAUCACAGAACACGUCCCCUGCCCCCACUUGCUCUGGCCCUCUUCCAGGUGCUCCAGUCCAGUUGGACUCUGGGCAGCCAGCGCAGCCAGGGUCAGGGAGUGACUUCCAUGCCUCGUGGCACUGCCACCUGGGCCUGAGCAAGAGGGCUCUGUUUUCUAACUGUGUCCCCCCCACACACCAAUUCCUAACUCCUGUCCUAGUCCCAGUGCUAGCAAUUAAGAGAGCACAAUUCUCCUUCUGGCCAAGAGGCCCUAGGGAAAUAACCACUGGAACUCACAGCUGCCUCAUAGAAACUGCUACAGUAGUGGGCAAGUUAGAAAGACUGGAGAUAUGGCAGAAAAUUGCCCUUCCCCACCUGGCUCAUGUGGAGUUCCCUCCCCCAGUCCCAGGCCUUGGGGACUAAGCAUGUGAAAUCAUCCUCUUUCUUGCAUCAUGUGUCCACACUGCCCCCCCUCAUACCCCUACCUCAAGCCCAGUCAUCAUGGCCAAAUGGUGAAACCGGAGCUGGGUGGGGAGGACCUCCACCCCCUGCAGGGACUUGAUGAGCAGCACAGCUGGCCAAUCCUGGAGCUCAGAGGGUAGGUCAGUCUCCUGACCAUUAGGUUAGGGAGCCCCCAGCAGUUGGCUCUAAAGAGGCCCCAGGUCAGUAGGCAGACAUGAGCUGUGAGGGUCAAACACAGCUACCCAUCAGAUGAUCUACUUUCAGCCUUCCUGAGUGCCAGGCUAUAGAAGACAGGUGGCCCUAACCUUGGCCAAGGGUAGGUGUGGCACUCGUGUCUGCUGCCACUGUGCCCUCAUUGGCUCUCACGCAAUCAGACUCAACAGAUGGAGCAACUGCCAUCCAAGGCUCCUGACCCAGGGCAGUUCACCAGGAGCAUGGGCCUCCCUGAUGUCCGGCUCUCACUGGUACUGCUGUGGGUGGUGGUGUGGGCACAAGGGGCAGGAUCCGUGUGUCCCUCCUGUGGUGGCCCCACCCUGGCACCCCAAGCAGAGCGAGCUCUGGUGCUGGAGCUAGCCAAGCAGCAAAUCCUGGAGGGGCUGCAGCUGACCAAUCGCCCCAGAAUAACUCGUCCUCCACCCCAGGCAGCGCUGACCAGAGCCCUUCGGAGACUACAGCUGGGGAGUGUGGCUGCAGGGAAUGGGGAGGAGGUCAUCAGCUUUGCUACCAGCACAGAUUCCUCUACUUCAGCCUGCAGCUCCAUGCUCACCUUCCACCUGUCCACUCCUCAGUUCCACCACCUGUACCACGCCCGCCUCUGGCUGCACGUGCUGCCCACCCUUCCUAGUACUCUUUACUUGAGGAUCUCCAGAUGGGACUCCAGGAGGAGACACCACCGAGGGUCCCGCACCUUCCUGGCUGACCACCAAAUGACUACUCCGGGCUGGCAUGCCCUGACGCUGCCCUCUAGUGGCUUGAGGGGUGAGGAGUCUGGUGUCUUGAAACUCCAGUUGGAUUGCAGACCCCUAGAAGACAACAGCACAGUUGCUGAACCACUGAGAUGGCUCCUGGACACAGCCGGACACCAUCGGCCCUUCCUGGAGCUUAAGAUAAGGGCCAAUGACCCUGGAGCAGGCCGGGCCAGGAGGAGGACCCCCACCUGUGAGCCUGGGAACCCCUUAUGUUGUAGGCGAGACCAUUACGUAGACUUCCAGGAGCUGGGAUGGCGGGACUGGAUCCUGCAGCCCGAGGGGUACCAGCUGAAUUACUGCAGUGGGCAGUGCCCCCCGCACCUGGCUGGCAGCCCGGGCAUUGCUGCCUCUUUCCAUUCUGCCGUCUUCAGCCUCCUCAAAGCCAAUAAUCCUUGGCCUGCCAGUACCUCCUGCUGUGUCCCCACUGCUCGAAGGCCUCUCUCUCUCCUCUACCUUGAUCACAAUGGCAAUGUGGUCAAGACAGAUGUGCCAGAUAUGGUGGUGGAGGCCUGUGGCUGCAGCUAGCAAGGCAACUUUGGGAUAUGAAGUGAAGAGAUCAAGUUGAGGGUUCUCAAGCAAAGGGCAUCUGUGGCUGGAGGCAUCAGAUUCCUGAUCCACACCCCCACCCAAUAGCUACCUGACAGUAUGACUGGGUCAACCCCAUGGGACCUAAAUCGUCACUUUCUCGUUCCAGACACUGGCUUAUUCUAGGCUGGUUAAUGUGUGGGGAGAUGGGUAAAGUGUUUCCUCUAAAGGAGUAUACCCAGAAAGCAUGGUUUCCUACCCUAAGUCCUAUGAGAAGAUGAUAGGGCUAGGGAAGGAGGGAGAGGAGGAGAAUACAGAGAAAAAUUACUUAGUCUCUCCCAAGGAGAGAGAGAAAGUCCUCAAGUGAGAGGAAGAAAAGCAGAGAGGACAUCACAGGCUGUGGCAAGGCAAACCGGCUGGCCCAGGGUGAGGACUUGUGGAAGUGCUUUAAUAGAAGGCCAAGGGGGAAUGGGCAGGGUGCUGAGGGAAGAUGUUUAGGACAGCCCCAGAAGUGGGAGUCUAGAGAGAGGAUGCUAAGCCUAAGAAGUCCCCUGGUCUUUCAGAGGAACAAGACCUACUGGGGAGACAAGCAUUUAUAUUCUCUUUUGUGUGUGUGUAAAAAAGGUGUUUGUCUCACACAAUUGGUCUAUCUCACACAAUUAGCUGACUACAUAGCGUUUAUACUUUCUUAAUAAAAUGAGAAUGAAAAUCAA